CGCUGUGCCCAAACAGACAGGAGACGAUGACAGUGGACGAACUGCGCGCACCGAACGCGCUCACCCUGUUCAGGGAGUAUGUGUUCACGAGGAAGCCAUGCAAGAUCAAGGCGACGCUGGCAGACGCUCAGCUCACGCGCUGGACUGAUCUGGAAUACCUUGUGCGCCGCUGCGGUGACGCCAUCGUCUCGGUGGAGCAUCGUGAGGACACCAACAAGCGCUUUGGGCGGGGCCGCACCGUCAAGGCUCAGUUCUCAGACUUUGUGGCACGACUCCAGCAAGGCGACGAGCAACUGUACAUGACAACACAGGAACCGGAGAUGCUGGAGGAUGGGAACCCUGGACUCAUGCCCCAGCUGCUCAAGCGCCUCUCGUCCGACUUUCCUUUGCAACCGGAUCUUUUGCCCACCCUCAUUCCUUCCUCCUACAACCUGUGGAUUGGUUCAAGUGCCCAAGGUUCAAGCAGCGGCUUACAUCACGACUUUCACGACAAUCUCUACAUCGUCCUGUGCGGCGUCAAAGAGUUCCGCUUGUUUCCUCCGCAUCUUGCGGACCGCAUGUACACGCGUGGUGACAUCGCCACCAUCCAUCCCAACGGCAGAAUCUGCUACAAGGGCAACGAAACACAUGCCGACGGUCGCCCCCUCCACCCAUCACUCGACGAGCAGCACCGCCAGGCAGAGGCCGAGCUGACUGCAGCGGAGGCGGCUGUUGAGCGUGGGGACGACGAUGCUCAGCAGCGGUUACAGCGCGCAGAGGAACGCAUGUCACAGGUUCUUGAAGCCAUGUUCGAUGCAGCUGGAGACGAUGAUGACGAUGAUGACGAUGAUGAUGAUGAUGACGAUGAGGAAGAGGAAGAGGAAGAGGAAGAGGGAGAGCAGCAGCAGCAGCACGUGGUGGUGCGAGCGGGUGCCCGUGAGAUUCGUUUCGGGACAGGUGCCACAACAGCUGCGACAGCUGCAAGGGCCAACCCAGCGAGACUAGGUGCUAGUGGGCACCCGUUGCGUGGGCGGCGGCUGGCGAGCGCAAGUGGUCAGACUGCCAGCGACGACGACGACGACGACGAUGACGAUAACGGAAGCGGUGAUGGCGACCUUGCUCUUCGGGAGGCGAGUGCUGUUGCACCGCAGCCAUCGUCGCCGUCAGCGUCGUCCUCACCCGUUGCACCACUGGCGCAGAUGCAAGGUCCACUGCUCAAUCUGCAGGAGCAGCCGGCUCCAGACUCUUUCUCCAAGGUGGUCCUCCCCCUAACAGAGGAGGAGCGGACCAAAUUUCCGGAUUUCCCUGCCGACAACGAGCUGGUCGUGCGGGUGCGACCUGGCGAAAUGCUGUACCUCCCUGCGGGCUGGUUCCACGACGUGACAUCCAUUGGCGGAACAGACGAGAUCAUGUCGCCGGCAUCGCCCCCACGUGCGCAGCGGUCGGCGUUCUUUGGUGGCGAUGGUAACGGCACGAGCACGGACCCAGCACACGCAGCACCGUCGUCAUCAACGGCAGUGCGGGGACAGCAGGAGACCAGGGGUGAUGUUGACACUGCUACACCAGCACCAGCAACAUCCACAUCCAAAUCAACCACAGCUGCACGUGCCACUGCUGCACAACCAGCAUCAUUCGCAGCAGGAACAGCUACGGCUUCAUCAGCACCAGCAGCAAACACAACGGCAGCACGAGUAAUGGCGACAAUCGGUGGUGGUGGCGACAAACGGGCAUUGGGUGUGGGUGUUGGUGCACACAGAGCGCAUCCCAUCCACAUGGCCUUUAACUACUGGUUCCACCCGCCAGACAAGGUGCAAGGGGUGUGUUCCACACCGGACGUGCGCUCGCCAUACAGCAACCCGCACUGGCGCUACGAGUGGGAAGGGCGGAUGACGGCCGAGGAGAAGACGAAGAUGAGGGAAGAAUCCCGGCGACACGACGAGAUGUUGAGCCAGCUGGAGGCCGUGGCGGCGACAACGACAGCACAACAGCAGAGCGGUAAUGGUGGUGGUGACGGUGUGGGCGACGCGGAUGGCGGUGGUAGUGGUGAAGAUGGUGAGGCGCAUAUGGUGGCGGAUAUGGAUGGGAGUGGUGAUGACGAUGAUGGUGAUGCUGACGAUGAUGAUGACGAAAUGGAAAGAAACAGUCGUGCAAGUGACACCAUCGGCAGCGGACCAGCAUCGAAGCGGCCCAAGAUGUGAUGCGUGUUGGAACUGACGUGAGCACUCGUUGGACACAAAUGCCGGUUGGAGUACACCAGUCACGGACACACACACACACACACACACACACACACACACACACACACACACACACACACACACACACACACACACACUUGUGGGUUGUGAUCAUGUGGAUUUGAAAGCAACGUAAAGUGGUUGUUGCUUGUUUACUGGCCUUUGGUGGGUUUAAUUCAACGGGUGCUUUUAUGUACACAACAAACAUGAAGAAUACACGUCCAGCUGAUGAAUCACAUGAAAGCUCUGAAG